AUGCUGAUCAUCGAGCCGACGUCCUCCGCGACGGAGGAACUCUCCGGUGCACCCGCCAUCCUAGUACAGCAUCCGAUAGGGGAAGAUGAUGAAUUUCCAAAAUGGAAAGGGAAAGGGAAAGCUAUCGUGGCAAACGUAAACGAUGAUUCCUUGUCGACAAGUUUGCCAAGAAACGAAAUCACCGUCGAUUGGACCCAAUAUGAACCUCCCGAGGGCCUGAAAGACACAGCGGGUUCCAAAUCAGACAUAGUCGUCCAGAUCAUCCAGGAAUCCAUUGACAAGGUUAAGACUCGAAUUUUUGAAGAGGAGCAGAGGCAGAAAGCGGAGGAUGCUAAGAAGUUGAAACAACAUGAGAAGCUUAGAAGUGAUAAUGAAGACCAGAGUACUGAAACGUCAGACGCGCCCUUGGAUGAGAGGUCAGACGAACAGGAUGUAGUACUUCAGGCUCUAGUGCCAGCCCCGAGGGUAGAAUCAUUUACUUAUGAUGUUAUCACGCCAGCACAGCCCGCCAAGUCAAAAAAAUACUCGUUUAAAAAUCUCUUUCGGCGUUUGAAUAAUGUUGUAGAAAGAGGUGAGUCCAGCACAACUGGAGCCGCUCGUCAUAAGCGGGAUAUUUCUUGGAGUAGCUUAGAAAUGGGCACCUAUACGGCGAAGAAGCGAUUCGUAUCCGAGGUUUUAAAGAGGACGACGACGAACAGCAAUAGCAGCCCGACUUCAUCGGUCCAUGAAGCUGAAGUCGAAUGCGUCUCUUGCUUGGACGACUUUAGCCCUAAGGAGAUGAUCAAGGUUCCUUGUCACAGUUAUUGCAAGCCUUGUUUCAUACGUCUAAUACAUACGACUUGUGACAAUGAGCAGCAAUGGCCACCCAAGUGCUGUCUAAAUCCCAUCCCAGCCGCUACCAUAAUACUCAAUGUCGAUUCCGGGCUGAAGAAAAUCUAUCACAACAGAGCAGCAGAGUGGAACCUACCAAUCAGUGAACGUGUAUACUGUAGCCAGCAAAGCUGUAGUCUCUGGCUUCGGCCGGAUCAAAUCAACCGCGCCCGCAAUAUCGCAAGGUGCUCGACAGGUCACUGGACCUGCAUCAUCUGCCGCGGCCAGCAGCAUGAAGGAGACAACUGUCCCGAGGACCGCGAUAUGAUGAAAACUGAUGAGCUCGCUGAAGAAGAGGGAUGGAAGCGAUGCUACGGUUGCCACGCAUAUGUUGAGCAUAGAGAAGCAUGCCAACAUAUGACUUGCCGAUGCGGUGCCGAGUUCUGUUACGUUUGUGGUGCACGCUGGCGAACCUGCGCUUGUACGAUGGAACAGUUAGCUGCUGUCAAAAGAGGCGCAGAAGCACGACGCCAGGCCCGCCAGGACAAGGAAGCUCAGGAGGAGGCCGAGAUCCAAGAGGCUCUACGACUGGUAGCCGAGUUCGAGCGUGAAGAAGCGCUUAAAGCUGAGCUGUUGCGACAAGAACAGGAACGGUUGGCUGAGGAGCGCCGGGCGAGGCUACUUGAGGAGCGCAUUAGGCGUGAGGGUGAAAGACGGCGGGCGGUAGAAGUCAAAUACCUGGAACUCCGUGAGGUAUUUGUACAUGUACAUGAACUUCAACGCAUCAUCGUGCAGCGCGACCACAGCACUGAAGAAGCUGGACUGAAAAGUCAAGGUGCUACGGCACUGGAAGAACUACAGGAAAAACAGAGAGCAGAACGUGAGAAGCUAAGCGCCGUUACAAAGAGUAAGUUAGCGAGGCGGGAAAAGGUGCUCAAACGGGAAUACGUAGCACGAGUAGCCGAGGAGCGUCGAAUCGAAGAGCAGUACCACGCACAAUUAAAAGAAUAUUGGUCUCGUAAAAAGGAUAGCGAGGCUAAAAUAGAGGCUGCUAUGAAACAACUGAAGCGCAAAAUGGACGCCAGCUUCAGGAAGUGGGAGAAAUGGAGAGACAACGAGUUAAACAACUACCAUUGGAGCGUUAAGGAAGAACAGGGGAUCAAAGAGGAGCUGAUGCAGGAGGCGGAACGAAGGCUGGUGGAGGACACACGGGAAGCUCAGACUGCGUUCUCGUUACGCAAAUCCGCCGAGCUUCGGUGGGUGGACGUUUUGAUCGAGGAGCGCAACCGCAUGCUCAACGACAUGGAGAUUGACGAGAUUGAGAAUGGCGAGAACGUCGAUGCUUGGUUUGAUGAAAAUGUACUUGACGAGGAUGAGCCGGAUGAAACGGGCUUUCCGGAGGAGUUUCGGGUUCCGGGUGCGUAUGAACAAUAUUUAGAUGGGGUUUGA